CAGAGUGGGGAGAGGCGGCACAGCGGCCGCAGGCGCAGGCCGGAGCCAACAGCCGAGACGCGGGCGCGGCUACCGGCUGUAGCUCGGGCUCCAACAUGCGCCGCUCGGUGUGCCUGGCGCUGGUCGCGUCGCUCAUGCACGUGUCUCUACAAGGCGAGUUCCAGAGGAAGCUCUACAAGGACCUGGUCAAGAACUACAAUCCCUUGGAGAGGCCCGUGGCCAACGACUCGCAGCCGCUCACUGUCUACUUCUCCCUGAGUCUCCUGCAGAUCAUGGACGUGGAUGAGAAAAACCAAGUGUUAACCACCAACAUUUGGCUGCAAAUGUCUUGGACAGAUCACUAUUUACAGUGGAAUAUGUCAGAAUAUCCGGGUGUGAAGACAGUUCGUUUCCCAGAUGGCCAGAUUUGGAAGCCAGACAUUCUCCUCUACAACAGUGCUGAUGAGCGGUUUGAUGCCACAUUCCACACCAACGUGUUGGUGAACUCUUCUGGGCACUGCCAGUAUCUCCCUCCAGGCAUAUUCAAGAGCUCCUGCUACAUCGAUGUGCGCUGGUUCCCCUUUGAUGUGCAGCAGUGCAAACUCAAGUUUGGGUCCUGGUCUUAUGGCGGGUGGUCCCUGGAUCUCCAGAUGCAGGAGGCAGAUAUCAGCGGCUAUAUUCCGAACGGAGAAUGGGACCUCGUGGGGAUCCCAGGCAAGCGGAAUGAGAAGUUCUACGAGUGCUGCAAAGAGCCAUACCCAGAUGUGACCUUCACAGUCACCAUCCGCCGCAGGACCCUCUAUUAUGGCCUCAACUUGCUCAUCCCCUGUGUGCUUAUCUCCGCCCUGGCCCUCCUUGUCUUCCUGCUCCCUGCAGACUCUGGGGAGAAAAUCUCACUGGGGAUCACAGUUUUAUUGUCCCUCACCGUCUUCAUGCUGUUGGUGGCCGAGAUCAUGCCUGCGACAUCUGACUCAGUGCCCUUGAUAGCUCAGUACUUCGCCAGCACCAUGAUCAUCGUGGGCCUCUCCGUGGUCGUCACAGUGAUUGUGCUACAGUAUCACCACCAUGACCCAGAUGGCGGCAAGAUGCCCAAGUGGACCCGAGUCAUCCUUCUGAACUGGUGUGCCUGGUUCCUGCGCAUGAAGAGGCCUGGGGAGGACAAGGUGCGGCCAGCCUGCCAGCACAAGCAGCGCCGUUGCAGCCUGGCCAGUGUGGAGAUGAGUGCCGUGGCGGGGCCACCGGCCACCAAUGGCAACUUGUUGUACAUCGGCUUCCGUGGCCUGGAUGGUGUGCACUGCGCGCCCACCCCAGACUCGGGGGUCGUGUGCGGCCGCCUGGCCUGCUCACCCACGCACGACGAGCACCUGCUGCACGGCGGGCAACCCUCUGAGGGGGAUCCGGACCUGGCGAAGAUUUUGGAGGAGGUGCGGUACAUUGCCAACCGCUUCCGCUGCCAGGACGAGGGAGAGGCCGUGUGCAGUGAGUGGAAGUUUGCAGCCUGCGUGGUGGACCGCCUGUGCCUCAUGGCCUUCUCCGUCUUCACCAUCCUAUGUACCAUCGGCAUCCUGAUGUCGGCACCCAACUUCGUCGAGGCUGUGUCCAAAGACUUCGCUUGACUUGGUCCGGGCUCUCAGCCUCGAACAGGCCACGUCUUCAGCUUAGAGAGCCUUAGGAGGCUGAUCCCAAAGCAGCUUUAAACUCGAGGAUGUGGAUGUAUCCUAUUGCUGUCAAACAUGUCAGUUAGUUUCCUUGUUACUUUAAGUAAUGAGAUUGCAGCACAUUUUUGUUUAACCCUCUCAGAUGGGCCACGUGGUAUCCUUGGAGCAUCCUUAUGGUUGGCAGGACCACCGAGAGGUCAUUUUGCCCAUUUCCCCACUACCUGAUGAGCCCUUCAGACAGGUCUGGGUAGCUCGGGACUGGCUGCCAGGGGUGACCCGGGCAGUUGGUUUGCAUGCCUGCAUGUCCCUUGCCAUGAGGGCCUCCAUGGAAAUUCAAUAUCUGCUUUUGCCUGUGUACAAACCUAGAUUGAAGUUAAUCAUCUUAAUAAACCAUGCUCACUAAAUCCAUCCAGUAAUUGACUAGUGAAAGGAAACUCUAAACUGAAUUGAAAAACCCAAGUGCUGUUUUUUCUUGAAUCCAGAUUUUUACUUUUCUCUAUCAAAGACAGUAGAGAGAAACAGGCUCGUGUUAUUUCUACAUUUAAAAACAGAGACAGACAUAGUUGAUCUUGUAAAUCGUGCUUUUGCCAGCGCCAUUUCUACCAAGCUACCUUGUCAAGGGAAUCAUGAGGGACGCAGGUUGGUUGUAGAUUCUGAACCAGUCAAGUCAGGGGGCUUUCUGUAUAUCCCAGACAUUCUCAAGCUUUCUGUGCUAUCUCCAGACACUGCAGGGUUGCGUGAAUCUGUUCUGUUUGCCAAACCCAAAGGACAAGUAGAGUUCUCUUAGAAUUAUCACCUGGUGUAAUAAUAACUGAAGCUAAGUUAAGCCACCUAUGUGGGUUUUCUUUAAAGAAAAUAAUGCAUUUGAUGCUUCAUUUAUAUUAGAGUGGAUUAGUCUUAGAAAUUUAUGGAUCCAUGCAAAUGCACAACAAAAAGUCACCAAAGUAUUCUGUGCUUUUUCUCCAUGUGUCAGGGCAAGGAGGAGAGAUUGGGUCCCCUCUGGCCCCCCAUGUGGCAGGAAUUGAGAGGGGAUGGCAUAGCUGAUGGCUUACCUGGAUGACAAGUAGUGGUAGUGAGCAGGAGGGCCUGGUUUGGGGAGAUCUGCUUCCCCACAUCAUUCACCCCAGCUUCAGCCCAGAAAGCUGGCUGAGUGGGUGGAUUCACUGGAGAUGUGUGUUUUGAAAGCAAGGGAAACUAUUUUAAAUCACACUGGUGACAUGGUUCUCCACUUAGACCGUCUAGCUGACAACAGUCACCUGGCCUCUAAUGCCAUCAGAGGAAGGCACAAGAUCUCUCCUAUUCUUUUGCUUCAUCCAGUAACUCUCAGAGCUCAAAGAUGCAGAAGGCAUCUGAGCUCCUGGGGGGUCUUUGAUUUGCUUCUGACCCCUGAAGUGACUCCAUCAUAAGGGAAGAUUUGAUUUUUCAGAAUAAAGGAAAUUGCAUGCACUUCUCCAGCCAUUAUUUUUUUCACUCAUUUCUGGGUGAUACCAUGGAUUUGUGUGCACUGACGAAUAUGGCGUGUGUGUGUGUGUGUGUGUGUGUGUGUGUGUGUGUGCACGUGCGCGCGCACCUGGGUAUGCACUUUCAGAGAAGGCACCUGGUUUACAACAGGAAGGUUGAUAAAUAAGGGUGUUCCAACAUCAUGCCAUUUAGAGCAGGGUCAUCCUCUGAGUACAGAUUCUGUGUGUGAUGGAUGAACAAUGAACAAUCUUUCUUUCUUUUUCUAUUAAAGUGUCUUUAGAAACAGCUAGAAGUGUUUCAGUAUAUAAAGAGAAUGCUUCAUGUCUUAUUGCAUUUAAAAUUGUUCCUGACUACAUUUUGCUUUUUUUUUUUUUUAAGUAUGUUUUGCUUUAAAAAGCCUUUUUGGUUUUGUAUUUUAUUCAGAAAAACAUAAAAACACAGGAAAAAUGGGUUCAUUUUACCCCUCCCCACAGAUAACUACUCUGCCAGUUUAAAAAGGAAAAGAUGCACCCAUAGAAAGAAAAGUGUGAAGGGCUAAAAAUAAGGGUCCCCCGGAACCCCUCUUUUCUCUCCUCACAGGGGAGCACUAGGAGGCUUCUGGGAAGGGGCUGGUGUUUCCAGAAAGGAAGGAAGACAGAAGGAGAGAACUUCCUUUUAGUUCUGUUUCUAGCACACGUGCUGUGAACAGUACCCUACAACCUUGCUUUCCUCGCAUGGAGUUAAGAGAUCUUUUCAUAAUGAGUGAUAAGGAUCUACCUCAUUCUUAAUAGCUUCUUAGUGUUCCAUUGUCCCCAGCACUAUAAUUUCUUUAAUUAGUCUUUUAUCAGUGAACAUAUAGAGUAUUUCCUGUCUUUAUUUUUAUACACUGCCCUAUAAUCAGCAUCCUUGUACUUGGAUCAUGGCAUACAUUUGUGAUCAUAUCUUGAUAUCUACUCCAACUUGGAAAUGGGAGUUGUUGGAUUUAAGGUUAUGUGCAUUUAACACUUUUGUCCAUACUGUCAGAUUAUUCUUCAGAAAUUUAUCUGUGGAUACGCUUACCAAGAAUCUAAUGAAAGGGUCAAUUUCUCAGUUUUCUCAAAUGACUUUUUUUUCAGUCUGGUGAAAAGUGCUAUUGCAAUGUUAUGAUUUAGUUCACUUUAUUAUGAGUGAAGUUAACUUCUUUUCAAAUGUUUUCUGGUAAUUUCUUUUUAUAAAUAUAUGUCCUUUAAACAGUUUUGGCUUUUUCUUAAUUUAGCUAUUUUGAAACCUUUCUGCCUUAUGUCUUGAAAAUAUUUUUACUUGUCUUUUGAUGUUAUUUAUUGAUUUGCUUAUUUAUUGUCAUAUAUACAUAAAAAGUUAAAAAUUUAAAAAUUUAUGUUGGCAAUGUAUCCGUAUUUUUUUUGUUAGAUCCCAGAAUUUGUUUUCAAUUCUAAAAGGACUUCCCCAUUCUGAGAUUAUAAAUAAAUUUACUCAUAUUUUCUUCUAAAUCCUUAUGGUUUCAUUUUUAUAUCUUUACAUCUUCUAACUCCCAGGAAUUCAUUUACUGCAGGAAAUGGAGGUAAAGUUGUGUUUUUUCCCCUCCAAGUGGUCGGUCAGUUGCACCAACAAAAUAUAUAACAGUGCAUUUUGUUAUACAAUUAUAGUCUUUCCCCCAGUUUGUUCAAAAUGCCAACUUAUUUGUAAACUAAAUUCCUCUAAGUGUUUGGGUCUACUUUGGCUUUACUGAUAAGUUUCCCUAUGUCUCCCUUUAAUUUCUGAGGCUUCCUUCCUAUUAAUCUAACACACACACACACACACACAUACACACACAUACACCUUCUUAAAAAUUGGGAUCAUGAUGAAUUUAUAGAUUAAUUGUGUCUUCUUAUUCAAGAAUACCGCAAUCUAGGCUUGUAUUGAAAUCCGUUUUAUGUCACUUGCAGAGUUUUAUGGUUUUGUUCAGAUAGGUCUUAUGAAUUUAUUAUUGUCUAUUUCUAGAUAUUUUAUCAUUUGGCUACAGGUUUCAUUGGAGCAGUUUUUUUUACAUUUUAUAUUCUAACUGGAUGUAUAGGAAAGUAGUUGAUUUUUGUAAUCUCUGCGUCAUCAUCAAAUACCCUUAUUGUAAUUUCUUACUGUUUCCAGGAUUUUCUUUUGCCUUCCCCUUUCCAGUCAUUUCCCUUAUUUCUUUCUUUUAGUCAAUUGCCUUUGAGAACCUUGUUAAAUAAUAGUGAUUUGGGUGGCAUACCUGUCUUGUUCCUGACUUUAGUUGGGAGAGUUUAAUGUCUCACCAUUUAACUUGUAUGAAGAUGUGUAUUUUCCUUGUCAUAAUAAAAAGUUAUCUGUGUAUUCUCAAA